AUGGCUGUCAUCACGGAACAUGGCAGCACCAAUUCCACCUCCGAGAACAACAACACCGGAAUUGUGGCAAAUGGAAAGAUCCGGGUGAAUGGUACUAGCCAUCGGCAUGAACUGAGCACGGCUCUUACAAUUCCGGAGUUUUUUGCCCACAAAAAUAUCUUCCUCACCGGCGGCACUGGUUUCCUGGGGACCGUUCUGAUUGAGGCUCUGCUGGACACACAUCCGGAUAUUGGUACCAUUUACGUCCUGGUCCGGGGCAAGCGCAAGUUCGAUCCGAAUGAGCGAAUUCGUCGUCUGCUCCAAAAGCCGAUUUUUGAAAAGUACACGGAGAAAACCCUGGCCAAGGUCGUCCCCGUAGUGGGGGAACUAAGUGAGCCGAAUUUUGGCUUUGCUCCCGAACUCCUCCAGGAGCUUAUUGACCGCGUCAAUGUGAUCUAUCAUAGUGCAGCCACCAUCAAGUUCAGCUCCCCGCUAAGAACCGCCAUUCGUACCAACCUUACGGGAACCAUGCGAACCAUUGAGUUGGCCAAACAGCUGAAGCAGUUGUCCGCCUAUAUUUACUGCUCCACGGCCUUUUGUAAUAGCAAUAAUCGAGGCCUUAUUGCCGAGGAAGUGUACAAGUCACAAUUCGAUCCGUACGAGAUGAUGAAGAUGGCCGAGGAUGAUGCUGCCUGGGAGGAUUUCAAUGAUCAGAAGUGCAAAGGUUAUAUCCGAGAUCAUCCCAAUACGUAUACGUUUACCAAGAAUCUUUCCGAAAAUCUGCUAAUGGCCGAAAUGUCGGGAUUGCCAGCGGCCAUAGUCCGGCCAUCGAUUGUUUAUGGCACCUUGGAGCACCCAAUGAAAGGCUGGGUGGGCAAUGCAAACUCUGGUCAUCUCGGCUUCCUGGCCGGUUUCGUGAAGGGAAUUUUCCGAACGAUGUGCGGAAGUGCGAAUGCUGUGAUUGAUAUCAUACCAUGCGACUAUGUGAUCAACUCAUCCCUAGUCAUGGGCUGGUAUGUGGGCACACGGGAGCUGGAGCAACCGGAGAUUAUCCACUGCACCUCCGGGGAGGUUAAUCCGCUGACCCUUUCCGAAUUCUGUACGAUCAUCAAUGACAGUGUGGAGCGACAUCCGCCCAAUAGUUUUGUGUGGAAACCGGCGACAAAACUUCGCAAUGGUUGGCGUUAUAAUCUAUUUUUCUAUCUAUUCCAUUUGCUGCCAGCAAUGGUUUUCAUUAUACCAGAGAAGCUUUUUGGCAUAGGAAUGCCACAGCACACGGCCUAUGAGUACAUGCGUGUGUUCCAGAAGGGCACCAAGGCCUUUGACUACUUCCUGGACAAGGACUUCCGGUACUCCUUGAAGAAUGCCCUGCGUAUUUCAGCUUUAAUACCUGAAAGUGAUCGAAGACGUUAUAAUUUCGAUGCCAGUCAAUGCGAUUGGUCGGAGUUCAUCGAUCGCUGCUUGAUUGGCAUUCGGCGUUUCUAUUUCAAGGAGUCGGCAGUGACCACAGAAUGGCAUCGCAAUUACUGGAAGGUCUUCAAUUUCCUGUACUAUGCGGGCUAUGCUGUCAUUUCGCCGUCCUGUAUAUCGUCCUUACCUUUUCCCUGGGCCUGCAGCUUGGUCUUACGUUGGCUGUUCUGAUCUGGGGAUUCCUGGUUUGGUUGUAGCCUGGAUUCAUCAGGCAUUGGAUUGUGAAAGAUUCCAAAAACCUCCCGCACUUGGUUGAUCGUUUCCAUCCGUAGUUUGUUCUUAGUAGGGUAUCAUGUAUUUUAUCUUUAAGUCUUUUCACACAAGCCAAGUACAAGUCAGACAAAGAGUUGUAAUAUAAUAAUAACUAACUAACGAUCAGAGCAACACUAGAUACGAAUCUAUCUAUUCACACAGCAAUGCAAAAGUAGCCCAAAACUUAGUCACAUUAACUAAACACUAAAUGUUAAACUAAUAAACGAUUUGUACAUUGUUGUCAUAA